AUAUUCAUACAUAUUAACCUAUAUAUACGGUAAAAGUCCCAAAAGAAGUUCGAAGAUCCUAAUCUUAGGUAUAUGGGAGCUAGGAGAAGUCAUUACCCGAUUUUACCCAUUUUUGUCAUAUCAUGUGCCUGUCAGAAAAAGGUUUCCUCUCAGUUUUUUCCUUUCGAUUUUGCCAAUUUUCAGCACGUAACAUCAAGAUGCCAAGUUAAAAUGAUAUACCAAAUUUAGUUGAAAUUGGUCGAGUACUCCCAUUUUUUAAGUCAAAUUUAGGCUUCUUGACGUAAGUAACUUAACGCACUUUUAUUGGUUUUAAACAUAACUCUUGUAUGGAGCGUAGGUCUGUUUAUGAAUUGAUUUCUCCCAUUUUCAAAAUAUAUGAUAGGGUUCCAAGAAAAAUGUGUCCAUAGAUCUUUAGUAGUUUAGGACACACACAUAUAUAAAAAAAUUUAUUAGUGGCCGGAGAAUCAUACCAACUUUUCCAACUAUAUCUAGAAAUGUUUGUUUGAACUGUUUGAGCACAUCGUAUCUCUUGGUGUUUUAGAUGUGGGAAAGUACAUAGAUUUAGUGGUCGAACUAUUUCAUAGAUCAUCUAUGUUAAUUAUUCGAUAAGAGAAUUUUCUUUGCGAAAUCUGUGCAACUGGCACAUAUCACAUAUUUGUAAAUAUUUGUUUAUUAUUUUUCAGUUAAAGUAGAGAAUUUCAAGAGGUUUUUCAUGUGACGGAUAAAAUAACAUUCAGUACAGGCAAAUAAAAAGAACAAUUUUCAUUUUAGGUCAAAAAUUCAAAUUUAUUAAACAUUCCUUAAAAAGUUAUUUUCUGGAGCAACAGGGAAACUCAUUUUGUAACAAGUAAUUGACGCGAGCUUUUAGUAUAAAAGGACUUAAAGGAGCAAAUGUUACUUCAAAUCUUCAAAGCACUUUAAUAGAACAACACAACGAGAAAUUAUACAACGAAUACAAAAAAAAAAAAGAAAAAAAUGGAGAAUUUAAUUGUAGCGCCUAUGCAAUCCGAAUUUGAAACAAUUCUGGAACAAAAUAAUUUAGAAAACACCACAGAUGCUCCAAACGUUCGUCUUUCUACAGCUCAAGGAAAAAAUGAGAGCCAAAGUUUGAACAAAUUAUCCAAGAUGGAUAAAUCAUUGAAGGAAAAAUCCAGGUUAAAGACCAACACCAAACAAGGUAGCGGUUUAAAGGUUAGCAGUGGAAAGGUGCCCGAAAUAAAUCGUCGUAAAAUACGAGAACGCAUCAUUCACUUGUUGGCACUAAAACCCUUCAAAAAGCUGGAACUAUAUGCGCGUCUACAGAAAGAGGGCUUACGUAAGGCUGAACAAUCAGUAAUUGGCAACAUACUCAGAGAAAUUGCGCAGUUACGUCAAAAUGUUUACAGUUUGAAAAACUACAUGUGGAGGGAUGUGAAUGAAAAUUGGCCAUAUUACACUGAGCAGGAACAGCAGCAACUGAAAUUGGACAAGGCACAAAAUGUAAUGAACAUGAGUACUGCAGACGAGGUUAGCUUAAUUUCUAACGUGAGUUUAAGUUCAACAACAAGCGUCAAUCGGCCGUGUGAAAUUUUAAACAAAAAGGGCUUCAAGCGCACUUCUUUGGAUAACGAAGAGCCACAGGUUGCGAAAAAGCGUCGCAUUAGUAGUGCUCCAGUCCGUAAUGACAAAAACAAAGGACCUUUGAACAGUGGAAAUGUGUUAACACAACACGUAACAAAUACUACAGCUCCGAAACAAAAAGAGAACAUCAGCAAACGAAAAACAACAGUGAAGACGACAAAGAGAGGAAAGAAGAGCCAAAACAAGAACGUAGUUCUCCAAACAACAUUCGACGAUACUCAGCAGAAGAUCCGAAACCACGAAUCAGUUCUUCCGACAAUAUCUGAUAUAGCAGAUAGCGAUACACAUCAGAAGAAUCAAUACCAGGAACGAUUUUUCCCGACAACCUCCGAAGAAUCGGAUAGCGAUACAUACAAGAAAAAUCAACACCUGGAACGUUUUCUCCCAGCAACCUCCACAAAAUACGAAGGUUGCUACACGACUAUUACAAGCAUUGAACAGCGACGCCAAUACAAAGCAGAUUUUGAGGAAGACUACGAAGAAUACUUUCCACUGCUGCAACGCGUUGAAGAAGUGCGCUAUAUAUUCCGUGAACUGCCCGAACAGUUGCAGCAAGUACCCGAAGGAUCUGCGGAAUACGAGCAUAUCAAAGAUCGCAUUUUCAAAGAAUAUGAAAUACUCAAUAGCGAGAAAGAGAUACAGCUGAAACAACGUUUUGACUAUUUGGAGGCGAAGUUGCUCUAUAUAAAACAACUUGUGGAUGAUUUUGAUGAAAAGCUGCUGAGAGAAAAGGCUGUGCAGGCUGCAAUGGCCAUGGCAAAAGAGUACCUCUUAGAACAGCAACAAGUUGGACAAUUUGAUGAUUUUUGAAGCUGACAAUUCGGACUGAAGUCCCGAUAAAUAAUUUUCCAUAUAUUUUGUGUUUAAGUUUAGUUUAUAUAUAGUACAAAAAGAGUUUGUAUUGUUAACUGUUAAUUAAUUCGUAAAUUUUUAAAUUUAAGACUUUUGUAAUUUUUUUGACUAAAUAUAUAUAUAUAUAUAUAUUGCUAUUUUAAUUAUGUUUUUUAAAUUUGCUGUCCGUUUUUACUUCUCACAUAUUUUGCUCUUUCGAAAACCCAGAAAAGGCUAGAGGAAAUAUUGGCUAUUCGGUUAGAUCACUGGCCUCAAGUUUUGAGCCGCAAAUUUUUUAUUAGUUAAAUGAAAAAAAUUAUAAAAAAAAAAUUGAUUGUAUUUUGUUAAAUUUUUCUCUAUUUCUAAGUCAAGUCUUUGUUUAAGAUAUAAUCUGAUUUUUCUUUUGUCAUUCAUUUUGUUAAUUAAAAUUUGUUAAUUAAAAAUUGUUCAAUAAAGAAAUAUGAAGAUUUUUGAUAAGGCUUGCAAAAUUUAGCAAACAAACACUAUAAAAUAAUCACCAUGACCUUAGUCCCAUGAUGUGGUCUUAUCAAGUGAAAGUAAGCUAACACAAAACAAAGUUUUAAUUAUAUAGCAGAGAUAAGCAAUUAGUCAUACCGGAAAUUCCGUAAUUAACAGAUGAUAGAUACAUGGAUUUGACAGUACAUCACUGAAGGAGGCUCCCAUAAUUUUCGUGCCAUUCUCGGUCGACUGUGGAUUUGGUUAAGAAUUUUUUAAUCACUUAGUCGGAUUGAUCCAAUAAUUUGAGAGAAAAAGUUUAAUUCAUGAAAUUAGCGAAGAAUGCCUUAAAACUUUAUAAAAAAACCGCUCUUGGUAAAGAUCACGGUAAAUCGUGAACCUGAGCAAUAUUCCAAAACAAAUCAAAGAAAAGAAAAAUAUUCACGAAUCUAUCCAAUAUCAGAUCCAACAACAACAUUCUCAAUAACUGUUAUGCUCACAAAACAAAAACAAACGCUGAGAGCGAGAGAGAAAUUAAUUUGUAAGAACAUUUUUUUGUCGACUGCGGGCCGGUGUGAUCUUUAGUGAGAUUAAACGUCAUUUAAUUUGAGAAGAUUUAUUGUGGUUAUAGAUCAUUUUGUGUUUCUAAUUACCUUGGAACGGUAGUAAAGAUUUAAAGAGGUCAGAGCUUUCUACUCAGCUAUUCAGCUUUUGAGAAGCUUAUCAGUAUUUAGCUAUAUCAUAUCAUACAUAUAUAGCUUUUCUUCUGGAAGAUGAAUCGUAGAAAAAUGCUGAAAUUCUAUCCUCUCUUACAUUCUUUUUCGCUCAGAGAGUAUUAAUUAUUAAACGAUUAUUUUGUAUCCGACACAAUUUAAGAGUUGUUCUAUCAUGUUGGGAGUCGUAUAUAGUUCUGAGUCUUUCUUAAUCGUACUUUAACUUUUGCAUUUAUGAAAAAUUAAUACCAAUAAUAUUUUUUGCCCUUUUAAGUAUACAACACAACCGGAAACGUAAUAUUUUUACUAAACAAAAAUAUUUUUUUUUUUUAAUAUUAGAAAGAGUUCUCAUCCUCAUCCUAUAUUUAUGCCUUACUUCCUUACUUCUAAAGAAAUAAAACAAAUAAAUUAACCAACUUUCUGCAAAAAAAAUUUAGUAAUAAAAAAUAAAUUCGCACACAUUUCAGCUUUUCAUUUUUUUUUUAAUGCUUAUUCAUAACAUCUGUCGACAAAAUGGAAAGUAACGCCGCUAACUAAAAUCAUUUAAUUGCGAUAGACGCACUUGUUGUAAUUCAAAUUGUAUUGCGAGCCGGAAGGACAUUCACCAUGGAUGGGGCGCUCGGCCACGCAGAUUUUAUUGCCAGCAUCCCACUUGUAUUUGCCCGGGCAGCUCUGACCCAUAACGGCGAAAAUCGUCGCAACGAAAAGAGCGAGGAAGAAUAGCACUUUCAUGUUGAACUGCGAGGAGAAAAUACAUUUUUCGUUGAAAAAAAUAUUUAUUUAAAUAGAAAGGAUUGCAUAACUUUUUCUAUUACUAAGAUGAAUAUUUUUUAAGAAAGAAAAAAAUAUAUAUUUUUUAAAUAUUGUUUAUUUAUUAUCAACACUCACUUUGUAUAUUUAUUUUCUGUUAGCUUGUCAAGUUUGAAACUCAAACUGAAGCUGUUGCGCUAAGCCACAGUUAAUUUAUAGAUUCAAAACAAAUAGAUCUCGAUUUCUGCGCUGCUGACAGCCGACAGCUGCCUUAUCAGCUGACCUCUAUGGCGUUAAAGGCACCCCUGAUUUGUACAUACAUAUAUAUGAUUGUGUAUUAGAAAAAUUAUUAAUUUUAAAUUUUUGUUUGUUAUUUGUUUACGACGAGUUUUGGGUGAUUACAACGAGUAGCGGCAGAAAUGAACCGAAUAUUGUUGGAAAUGCACGGCGCAAGCUAGACCACCAAAGAGAGUUAGAGAGAGGUAAUGAGAGAGCAUGAGAGAAAGCCUUUUAAAUCGGUUAUAUGUAUGGCUAUAUGAUCGCUUUUCUAUGAAAUGUAUAUAUAAUAAACAUCUGCUGAUAAAUAUAUAUAUAUACAUAUAUAUAUUGUGCACUUUAACAAACAAUAAUGAAUUUAAUUCUUAUCAGAAAAAUUUCAAUAUUUUUGUGAAUUGAAAUACACUAUUUUAGCAAACGUUGCGUAAUGACACAUAAAUAUUAAAUUUAUAAAUAAAUUACCCCAAUUUAUUAAGCUUCAUUAUUAUCAAAAACAAAAAGAUACUUUGAAGUAGUUAUCAGCCAAUAUACAUAUAACCUCAAUUUUAAAAACAUGAAGUUUUGUAAUGAUUUUUAUAAAAAACACCUCUACAAAUAAAACCCUAUGAAGGCUACUUUCAAUGAAUGAAGUAACGACGCUUUCAGUUCAUCAAAAUGGUUAAGCUUUGUCGCGAAGUAUCUUUGAUCUUGGUUAGAUAGAUCAAAGUCAAUGCUACUUCGUCAUCAGUUCUUUCGUUGGACAACUUAGACGGAUAGUCUCCAAAAUAUGGAACAUCAGAUAUUUUUGGAACAACUGUCUCUCUUCGAUAGAAAUAGUUUCUCCUCUAUAUUUUUCAUUAGGAAAUACAUUUCUUAAGUCCGAUUCGGUGUUCAGAGAUGGCAUAAAACUUGUAGAGCUCUCCAUUCCUAGAUAUCACUAAAACGCAGAUCGGAAAUGAUAAAAAGAAUUCGGUAAAACCUUUAGUAAAGAAAUUGUUGGCUAUAUUUUUUACUAAAGAUGCCUAUGGGAUCGGAGCAUUUAUUAAGGAGGCGACAAUAUGUUAGGAAGAGGCUGCGGAAGAAAUGAACUCACUACUCUCAAGUUUGAUUAUUAAACUGAUCGACUUCAAAAAGGAAAUGUAUAAAGUGUGGAGCUUGGUUCGAUGUUGGUAAGUCCAA